AUGAGGUUCUGGGUUUUGUUACAAUGGCUCUCGUUCAUAACCGUCUUAGUUCAUGGCAACAAAGUCAUUGGUGAGCACCAGAUUUUUCAGAAUAAUGUCGAAACAAUUUCAGACAAUAAUUUGGAACUCGUCACACGCGAUCUCUCCAUUCUUGCUCGAACCAUCAAUGGCAUUUCAAUCCAGGCGGAACUCGUCAACGCUAACUCCAGCUCAAAGUACCUGAAUGUGGUCAGCGAGCUUAUCGGCGCCUAUUCCGGCAGUUCACUCGGAAAAGUGGACAUUUUGAAGACUCGAUUCCUUGCCGACAGUCUCGCACAGUUUGCCAGAUCCGUUGCGAACGUUCAAGCGGUUCAAGUUGACGUGGCGGCAGUCACUUCGGUCGUGGAAAUGUUCGGAUCGAUGAGCGACAAACUGGAGGUGAUCAGCAGUGUUGUGAGUGCCGAUCCGUCGGAAGAAUUCAAAAAUAGGAUAAACGAGGUGAAAAUAAAGACGGUAAACUCAUUUGUCGACUUUUUCAACGUUAGCACAAUCGAGACGGCGUCCGGAUACCUCGCCCAAAUUCUCGACCUGCGUUCGACACAUUUCGGCGAUUUGACUAAAGUGUUCAACGCUAUCCAGGCAUUCAAAAAAGAUAUUGGCAGUUUGAAAUCGAAACUCGGACAGUUGAGCGCCUACGAGACCGAACUCGCUGCCUUACUGAAACUGUCUGGAUGCAAAGACACGCUUGAGAAUGUGAUCAAAGUGUCUCAAUUUGCCCAAUACUACAAGGCAAACUUUACCAGUUUUCAAACAUUAAAAUCUAUUCUUGGCGGCAAACUGGGAUCAGAGGUUUCACGACUUUCACCAAUCGCAAAGAACCACUCAACGAUCAACGAGUUGGGUGCGGUUUUGAAGAAUAUCGAGAAGACUGUCGGUAGUACCGGUAAACCGAGACAAACAAAAGAAGCGACCGCGGGAUUGCCAAACGGAAUCGUCGACUUGGAAGCGAUGCUCGCCGAUCUGAACGGCACCUGGUUGCGUGACGCAAUCGGCGACGGAAAUGAUAUCGAACCGUUGCGAGCACUGUUGCGCCCAAUUUCUGAUUUUAUCGCCGAAAUGAAACCAUUGGCGGUUAGUUGGAAGAAUGUGAAUGAUCCGAAGACGCUCGCGCUCUUUCCACAACUUUCUCAACUGCUUAUCGACGCGGCAAACGACGGAGAAGUGGCGAGCAGCGGAGAUCCAUCGGAAUCCAUCGACCUGCUCGUAAAGUGUCUUGUCGAUUUUAAAACGAUCACAGUGGAUGCCAAUCUGUUUCAAGAGUUUGAAACAACUCGAAAUUCGCUGUUUUCGAUCGAUGAAGCGGUAUCGGAGCUCAAAAACGCGCUGGCGGAAAUGGCCGGCAUGGACGAACUGAAAGCAGGCACGAAUGGAUCACUUGCACAAGUCAUCGCAGUGAUCGCCAGUGAUUCAGUAGAAAUAGACAAUGUCGAUGUGACCUGUAGCAAAAUAAAAAACAUUGAAAAUGUGCGAAUAAGUUCAAAUAAUCUGCAAAAGAUUGUCAAGUCUCUGAAACUGUUUCCCAACGUCGGUAGGCUCAUCGAGACGUCUCCGAACUGGGAUGCAAUAGAGAAAAUGCGGAAAAGUUUGGAUGGAACCGGUCUGCUGGAUGUGUUGAAGUGUAUUGGGAACGAAACGUUUAAAGCAAACAGCGUGAACAAAAUGCUCAGCUUCAGAACUAAACUUCAGGCGAUAAAACGAAUGAGUUCGGAGAUUGGAGCAAUCAAGCAGCACACUUUGAAAGUGGAAGAGCUCAAGAGUCGUCUGAUUUCGGUUGCGAACGUCGUGAAGAGUAUGAGGAGAGGGUCGAGACGAAAAAGUGCUGCAAACGGGAAUGUGCCAACGAAUUUGGCUCGUCCACAACUUGUCGCUCAAGACUUUGGAAAAGGCGUCGAAGUGCUGAGAAAGUUGGAGAGCGUGCGAAAGACGCAAGUUGUUGUGAUGAAGAUUUUGAAAAGUGGUGCACGUGUGAGUUCAGCGAUUGAUCAGACCAAUGUGACGGUGUGGACGGAGGAGAACAAGAAGGGACUGGAGGAGUUGGUGAAGAAGUUGAGUGCUCUGAACGAGAGAGCCGGCCGGUUCCGUUCGAAAGAUCUGCUCACGCUCGGAGAAGUGUUCGACGAGGCCGCCACGAUCCGCGGAGUUCCCAUCGAUUCCCGAUUGCUCAUCGAUCCCAUCUCGACUGCUCUCGCCAAUUCCGCCGACCAAACUGUCAAAAGUGCUGCCGAUGACUUCAAGACGGUCGGAGCACUCCAACUCGACUACUCGAAUCUUCAAGUCGAUCUGACGUCUGCCAGAUCGACACUAAAACCACUUCGCACAUUCUUCGAUGAGUUAUUCGGCAUCAAAAGGCUGACCACUGCGACCGACGAUGACAAAAGUUCAGCUGAGUUUGAAAAGCGCACAAAAGGGCGUUUGUGUCACAAUGUUCAAUUUUCAGUUCUUCCUCAUUCGAUUGGCUGACAGCCGGAAUGAUAGUAAUACCGUUGUGUGGCGUAGCUGGUGUUGCAUCGCUUGGUUACGUAACGUAUCGAGUGGUCGAGAAGAAGCAUCCGUUCUUCUGGAAGCAACUUUUUUUGAGCCAGAAAAAGCUUCAAGAAGCCUAUAUAUUACAGUCUCGCUAUCUGGUCAGUCGAUCCAUUAUAUCGUGUUCUUCGCAAAACAGCAACUUUAGGCAUUUCAAGAGAAGAUGCUAGAAGUGGGCAACGUCAAGUCUCUUCUUGAAGCUGUCGACAGAAACGACUUCGAAUCCGCCGCCUACUUUGUGAAUCACGGUGCCUGGAUCGAUGCGCCACGUUAGUUGAGUUCGAAUAAAUCAUUUCACUGAGAAUUGAGUUUAGAUAAAGUUUCCACGUGUCUACACAUUGCCGUCGAAAACGCGAAUCCAGAAAUGGUGGAGCUGUUGAUCAAGAACGGAGCGAACAGAGGUGCUCUCAACGAGGACUACAAGACUCCCGAGCAACUGGUGUCAAAUUUGAUCGCUCAAGAGCAAGACAGUACGAAAAAGGAACAAUUGAAGCAGAUCAAAUCGUUGUUUAAGUCGUUGAACGGCAAAAAGUUCAAAAGAAAAGUGCCGGAUCUUUUGCCAAUCGAACACUUCAAGAUUUUUAUAAUGGAAGAUGCGAGAGACAGCGAGUUUGCGCAAAAGUUUGGAAACUUGAUCACAGGCGAUCUCAGCGAGGCGACACAUGUCGUUGUGAGAACGGAGGAUGAUGGUGUCUACAGUCCGGACGGUGAACAAGCCAUCAAUACGAUUGUCGUUUUCGGGUUUGUAUCAGAAAAUUGAACGGGGUUGCCCAGGGCUGGCCAAUUGACCGGCCCGGGCUUUGCGUUGGCCGACCCUUGAUCUGGACUUUGGGAACCACUUGCAACGUUCCAAUCGGCGCCAAACUUUGCACGAUUGUUGGACUUGGAUUGAGUUCCAUUGGGACCAAGUUUCAGCCCGAUCGGAUCGUCGGUGCCCCCGAGAUAUGUGGAACAUUGGCCGAUUGUUUCCAAAAAGCCCGGGCAAGAAGCCGGCAAAGUUUGGGUCCGAUCGGAAUAUUGCAAGUGUUUCAAAGGGCCGGCCAAUUGCCCAGCCCUGGGGUUUCCGGUGGAAGCACAUGUGAUUUUCAGACGCGCAAUGCUCAUGAAGGACACUUGGCUGACUGCGUGCAUUAAGAGUAAAAAAGCAAUGCGUGACGAUUACAAGUAUCGUGUCAAGGAGGUUCGGUACAUUGAUGUUGUCUAUGCGACAGUGUUGGCGUGGCAUCAAAGUUGGCAUAUGAAAGUGAGCUGAAUCAAAAUUGCACGCACACACACACACACUUAGCUUUAGGAAGUGAAUUUUCUCUAUGGACUACACUAUGCGAUGAAACCCACCUAUGUUCUUAAUAAUCAAGGCGCAAGUGUGCCAACAAGCUCACCGGACGGCAGACACAUUGAUGACUUUCUGGCGGCACAUGGAGCUCAAUGCAACGCGUUGCAGCAUCUAAAACAAUCCGCAGCAGAAUUUGGCCGUCCCCACUUUCAUCAAAACCUCACAUCACACUGGAUCAUCUCCGAUUCUAUAUACUCUAGCGUUAGUCGAAACGGUCUACGGCACCGCGUUACACGCAUUUUUUAAAGCUUUAUGGAGGACGGGAGACGAACGAAAUCUACGUUUCCGAAAUUUUCGUUUUCAUGAUGGCGCGCAAAACUUCGUUCGGACCGGAGAAGAAAGCGACGAAGGCUGCCUCCAGCUCGGCUAAUUCGUCGAACACCAAAUGA